GUCGUUGGCGCUGUUGUUAGCAUAACAGGCGUUUCUAGCACUGUAACUUCAUUCGGUACCACUGUGCGGAGUGAUUUGGUGCUUCAGAAUGAAAAUCACAUGUUUCUUGACAUCAGUCUGUGGAGUGAUAUAGCUCGGAAUCUCAAUGGUCAGGAACUGGCUGUCCUUGGUCGUUCUGGGCCAGUUAUGCUUGCUGUUUGCUCACUUCGAGUCACUGGCGCUACGAAAGGAGGUUACUCUCUUACCAGUACUCCAGGCACACGUUGUGUUCUCAACCCUGUUUCUGAAAUGGCUCACCUGGUCCAAUCUGUGUUCUUUGCCAGCACUAAUACAUGUCAAUAUUACCCUCCGAGGUUUGCAACUCCUAAUGAGGCAGCGGCCUUCGAAGCUGAAUGUACGAAGACUGUGUCACAACUACUUGCCUUGUGUUUUCCACCUGUUGCCGAUUCUACGCGUUACCAUUGCUCUGGUCGGAUUGUUUCGGUUGAUUCUUCUAUGCAGUGGUACUACUUGGGUUGUGCGCUUUGUUCCAAAGCAGCCAUAGAUUAUGAUGGUGUUGACAAAUGGUGUGAUGACCACCGUCGUUUGGUGCCUCAACAAACACAGAACUUUUACAAACUUCGGGUAACAGUUGAUGACAACACUGGAUCAGCAGCUUUUGUUCUGCUGGGUAGGGCCGCUGACCUUCUUGUGGGCUUGACUGCUAACGAUCUCUCUACUAGGUUUCCUUACCAACGCAAUGUUCUUCCACAAGAACUUCUGGCUCUUGAAGGGCGCGACUUUACUUUUGACGUCCAGCUUCCAAAACCGGAAUAUGGGGCUCGUGGCCCGCCAGAAUUCACGGUCCUUGCUGUCAAUGAGCAAGAACAGCCAAAUUCCUGCUCACCAACUCUUGGUCGCCGGGCAAGAAAUGCUAUGCCCCAUACACCACCUCCUAACAGUCCUCACUUGAUGCCUCUUACUUCUCCAUAUGUUGUUCCAACAAUGCAGAACGCUUCGGUAGAGCAUGGUUCUUCUGUUGCUUCACCAAGUGGGAGUUCUCAGCUUGCAUUUUCUACUCCUCCACGUCGCCCCUAUAGCAGUAGGCGCAUCGCUGCUGUAUCCUCGCCCUCAUCUGCUGCAUUGGGAAGUUCUGUAGCUUCUUCUCCUGAACUUGGUCGUACUGAGAUUAUUUCCUAUGCGCGGUCAGUUUCUUGCCUUUUCCUGUGUUACCUCAAUCGUUCGCCUUUACGCCUGCUAAUAUUUGUCAAUGACUCUUGCACACCCGUUUUAACUGCUUCUUAGCCCUAGAAGUGAGGAAGUGCCCCCAGAAACUGCAACACAGCGACUCCCACAGUACCUUUCCUCCUGUUAACUUACUUACUAGCUUUACGUGUCUCUUUCUUUCCUUGCUGAGCAUCUCUGUAUCAGGGAACUUGCUUCGGACACUACAGAAGCUACUGUGC